GGGGUGGCUGUCCGGAAUCAUGCAGGUUUUUUAUUUUUAUGAUUUUUUUUAUUUUUAUUUUUUUUUUUGGGAGGGGAACGAGGGGGCGUAUGACAGGAAGAUGGGGAUAUGGCGAGGGGGAUAUGGAGAGGAGGAGGAGGAUGUGGACAAGGAGGACGACCAGGAUAGCGAGGACGACGAGAAGUCGAGAUGGGGGAGGAGAAGAGAUGGAUGGAGGGAAAAGAGGAAGGGCAGGAGGAGGAGGACGAGCGGGAGGAGGAGGAGACAUGGACGGCGAGGAAGGGGACGACACGAGGAAGGGGAGGACACGAGGAGGCAUGGAAGAUGAGGAAGUACGAGGAGGAGGAGACAAGGAGGAGGAGGAAGGGCAGGAGGAGGAGGCCGAACAGGAGGAGUAGGAGGAGGAGACGAAAAGGAGAAGGGAGGAGGAGGCAUGGAGGAUGAGGAAGGGGACGAGGAGCAAGGUGAGGCAGUACUCCUGUAAUUUUUUUUUUCAUCUCGCUUAUAAUUUUGGCGGGGGGGCCUCAAAUGCACCGUUUCGACCCCGACCUUUUUUUUCUGAGGGGGGUGACGGGUCGUUCCCCGCACACGUCAUGCGCCGCACGGGAUCGGUUGGGCGCGUGCGCCACACGGAG